AUGGCGCAGGCGACGGCCAGCGCCGGCGGGUGGUGGAUGCUGCUGCUGCUGUCGCUGCUGGGCGAAGCUCCACUGGGCCUCUACUUCUCAAGGGAUGCCUACUGGGAGAAGCUGUACAUAGAUCAACCUGCCGGCACGCCCCUGCUCUAUGUCCACACACUUCAAGACUUGCCCAGUGAGGUGCCCAGCUUCCACCUGGGCCAGCACCUUUAUGGUACCUACCGCUCUCGGCUCCAUGAGAACACCUGGAUCCGCAUCCAUAAGGACAAGGGUCUCCUUUACCUGAACCAAAGUCUGGACCAGAGUACUUGGGAGAAGCUCAGCUCUCGCAAUGGCGGCUUCCCCCUGCUCACCGUCCACCUCCAGGUCUUCCUCUCAGCAGCUGCCCUUCGCGAGGGCGAGUGUCAGUGGCCAGGCUGUGCCCGUGUGUACUUUUCCUUCAUCAAUGCCUCCUUCCCAGCCUGUGGGUUCCUGAAACCCAGGGACCUCUGCUUCCCAGAGAAGGGCCUGUCCUUCCGCAUCCGGGAGAACAAGCCCCCUGGCACCUUCCACCAGUUCGGCCUGCUGCCUGUGCAGUCCCUCUGCCCCAACAUCAGUGUGGUCUACCAGCUUCUAGGGGGUGAGCACCUGCCCUUCCACUGCAGCCCAGACACCCUGGAGGUGAGCACACUCUGGGCUCUGGACCGAGAGCAACAGGAAAAGUAUGAGCUGGUGGGCGCAUGCACAGUGCGAGUUGGCGCAAGAGAGGAGGAAGUGAGGGUACCUUUCCCUGUGACUGUGUAUGAUGAAGACGACUCGCCACCCACUUUCCUUGGGGGACUUGACACGGCCAGCACAGUGGUGGAGUUCAAACGGAAGGAGGGCACUGUGGUGGCCACGCUUCGGGUCUUCGAUGCGGAUGUGGUGCCAGCAUCUGGGGAGCUCCUGAGGCGAUAUACGAGCACGAUGCUCUCGGGGGAUGCCUGGGCACGCCAGACCUUCCGUAUGGAACACACACCCAAUGAGACGUUGACCUCUCGCAACGGCAGCUUUGUGCGGGCCACAGUGCAUGAAUAUAGGCUUGUGCUCAACCGGAGCCUUCCCAUCACUGAGAGCCGCACCCUGCGACUGGCUGUACUGGUGAAUGACUCGGACUUCCAGGGCCCGGGGGAAGGUGUCCUGCUCCUCCACUUUAAUGUCUCCGUGUUACCUGUCAGCCUGCACUUCCCGAGCACCUACUCCUUUACGGUGAACAGGAGGGCCCAGCAAUUUGCCCAGGUCGGGAAGGUAUGCGUGGAGCACUGCCCAGAGUUCAGUGGCAUCCCCAUCCAGUAUAAACUGCAGCCCCCUGUGCCCAACUGCAGCACCCUGGGGGUGGUCACCUCAGCAGAGGACACCACUGGGACCCUGUUUGUGAGCGACGCGGAGAGCCUGAGGCAGCCCGAAUGUGCUGAGCUCCAAUACGUUGUGGUGGCCACUGACAGACAGACGCGUAGUCAAGCCCAGGUGCAGCUGCUCAUCACAGUGGAGGGGACAUACGUGGCGGAGGCGGCUGGCUGCCCUCUGUCCUGUGCAGUCAGCAAGCGGCGCCCUGAAUGUGAGGAGUGCAGUGGCCUGGGCUCCCUGACUGGCAGGUGCGAGUGGAGACAGGGUGAAGGCAAAGGGAUCACCAGGAACUUUUCAACAUGCUCCCCUAGCAUCAGGACCUGCCCUGAUGGCCACUGCGAUGCUGUGGAAAGCAAGGACUUGCACAUUUGUCCUCAGGAUUGCCUCCGGGGCAGCAUCAUUGGUGGCCAUGAACCAGGGGAGCGUCGGGGAAUUAAAGCUGGCCAUGGCAUCUGCAACUGUUUUCCUGAGGAAAAGAAGUGCUUCUGUGAGCCAGAAGACAACCAGGAGGCGCUGUGUGAUGAGCUCUGCCGCACAGUCAUCGCGGCCGCCGUCCUCUUCUCCUUCAUCGUCUCCGUGCUGCUCUCCUCCUUCUGCAUCCACCGCUACCACAAGAAUGCCCACAAGCCACCCAUUGCCUCCGCUGAGAUGACUUUCCGCCGGCCUGCCCAGGCCUUCCCAGUCAGCUAUUCUUCAUCUGGUGCCCGCCGACCCUCACUGGACUCCAUGGAGAACCAGGUCGCAGUGGACACCUUCAAGAUUCCGGAGGACCCAAAGUGGGAGUUUCCUAGGAAAAACUUGGUCCUUGGCAAAACUCUGGGAGAAGGUGAAUUUGGAAAAGUGGUGAAGGCCACAGCCUUCCGGCUCAAAGGCAAAGCAGGCUACACGACCGUGGCUGUGAAGAUGCUGAAAGAGAAUGCCUCCCCAAGUGAGCUGCGGGACCUGCUGUCAGAGUUCAACCUCCUAAAGCAGGUCAACCACCCCCACGUCAUCAAGCUGCAUGGGGCCUGCAGCCAGGACGGGCCCCUCUUCCUCAUUGUGGAGUACGCCAAGUAUGGCUCCUUGCGGGGCUUCCUCCGAGAAAGCCGUAAGGUGGGGCCCAGCUACGUGGGCAGCGGCAGCAGCCGAAACUCCAGCUACCUAGACAACCCUGAUGAGAGAGCCCUGACCAUGGGCGACCUCAUUUCCUUCGCCUGGCAGAUUUCUCGUGGGAUGCAAUACCUGGCUGAGAUGAAGCUUGUUCACCGUGACCUGGCAGCUCGAAAUGUCCUGGUAGCCGAGGGGAGGAAAAUGAAGAUUUCAGAUUUUGGACUGUCCCGUGAUGUUUAUGAAGAGGAUUCCUAUGUCAAGAGGAGCAAGGGUCGUAUUCCAGUCAAAUGGAUGGCGAUUGAGUCCCUUUUUGAUCAUAUCUACACCACCCAAAGUGACGUGUGGUCUUUUGGUGUCCUGCUGUGGGAAAUUGUGACACUGGGAGGAAACCCCUAUCCUGGGAUCCCUCCAGAGAGGCUCUUUAACCUCCUGAAGACGGGCUACCGGAUGGAGAGGCCUGACAACUGCAGCGAGGAGAUGUAUGGUCUGAUGCUACAGUGCUGGAAGCAGGAACCAGACAAGAGGCCGGUGUUUGCUGACAUAAGCAAGGACCUGGAGAAGAUGAUGGUGAAGAGCAGAGAUUACUUGGAUCUUGCUGCGUCUACCCCAUCCGAUGCACUGCUCUAUGAUGAUGGCCUCUCGGAAGAGGAGACCCCCCUCGUGGACUGUAAUAAUGCUCCCCUCCCUCGAACCCUCCCUUCCACCUGGAUUGAAAACAAACUCUAUGGCAUGUCAGACCCGAACUGGCCUGAAGAGAGCCCUGUACCACUCACAAGAUCCGAUGGCACUGACACUGUGCUCCCAAGAUAUGCAAAUGAUAGUGUAUAUGCUAACUGGAUGCUUUCACCCUCAGCGGCAAAAUUAAUGGACAGGUUUGAUAGUUAAUGUUUCCUUGUAAGAGAUGAUGGACUCAUAAGGGAAAGCAACAUGGCAGCAGUGGAGAAGCCACCGGCUGCUUCUUUGUGAAAUUCAGACUGGCUCAGCCAACAGUAAUUUCCAAGGUGGCAAACUCUUUUUCAAUAGUGUGUUUUAACUGCCCUUCAAAGUAGCUUCACUUAUGAUAACUGGUCAUUCCCCCGCCCCCAGGGAAACAUAUCAAACUGGAUAAGAGUUAUAACUCAAGUGUUUAUUUAUUCUUUCUUAUUCAGUACCCUGCUGAAUCCAGGGUUGGUAUGUGUUUAUCAGUAGGAACUAUAUAGUUUAUGCAUACAAGUGUUUAGGCUUGUCCCAUAUCUAAAAAACUGUACCUGACCUGUUUGAUUUGCCUUGUUGCCACCAAACAAGGCAAUGAGAUUUAACCAUGAAGCACACUCACAAAAAGGCAGCAGAAAAAAAACCCAAAAAAACAGGACAAAGUUACCUGCACUUGUUUCAGAAACAGAGCCCAGAAAGAUCUGAGUAGUGAUAUAAAAAGUCCCACCAAGACUGGAGAGGGGGGGGGGAACCUUUGAACAGGCCUCAUCUUAGCAUUUAAUAUCCUAAAGAUGAAUUUUUAAAAUCAGGUCACUGUUUCUUAGGAAGACACUUGAUUUUGAUCAUGUUUAAAAUGAUUCAUAGAUUUAGCACAAUGGAGAGAAUGAAGAGUAUUUAGACAACGGAUGUGAGGAGAAAGGUCCCAUAAGAGAUCUCUGUCUCCAUUACAUCACUGCAGCAUCCUUCUCUGUUCAGCACUGAGUGAAUAUUGACCCAUGCACAGGACUGGCGUGGAGGAGGUGCGUAUGUGAGUGGAGUGGCCUUUGGUCUGUGAGUUACCGACCACAGAGAUUUCACUGCUGUGGGUUCCAGCCCCAUCAGUUUUCCACUUACUGUCUUGCCAAGCUCCAAAGCAGUAGCACAUCCUAUGCCUGGGAGUAUGUGACGCCUGUGUUUAUUUUAUCCACUUCUUUAUAAAAGGGACAUUUCAGCUUAUUAUGUUAGAAGUACUAUUAACAGUAACCAAAGACUGCUACACCUGUGAUCACAGUAUCGAUGUGGGCAAAACCAUGUUCUGGCUCUUAUAGAGCUUGUAUGAAAAAGCAUAUGUAGCAGCCCUUCUUGUGUUUGUAAUUCACUCUUGCUCUAGCCAAAGGGUUUUGUUUCUAAGAUUCUGACUGUGGCCAUACGCUUCUUGUUACUCUUCAGGGGUUGCUAGUGGUCAGACAUAUUCAAAACACGCCCUCAGUCUCGUGGGCUGCCUUUCAGGAAGUCCUGGGGGCUCUGCAACUGUCACCACUCACCCUCCUCCUCUCUGUAAGUUUGUAGGAUAGAGUCAGGUUGCCAAAACACUGCCUGGUAUUCAGAUUUAAAGCACUGUGUUCAGACUUAAAAUAAUUUUAUUGAAAUACUAUAUCUUAUAGACAUUUCACAUGUGUAAACUUAUUUCAGAAAGACAGGAAGUCAUAUAUGUGGUGGAGGCUCACAUAGGUGCCUGUGCAAGCACAGCCAGAGAUUCGAGACUACUUACUGGAUAUGUGUCGUGGCUUUCGUUUCAGCCACUUUCCAGAUACACUGUGAUAGUUCUUUUAUAAAUAUUUUCAGUUAUUGUAAAUUUUUUGUUUUCAUAUGUGUUUAAUGGUAGUCUCAUUAAAUGCAGAAAUACUGAUAAGCUCCCUGAAAUUAUUUGAGACGCCUGUUAAGUAAGUAUGAAUUGCUAUAACAGGUUUGUUCUCGGUGAGGGGAGAACGCCACAGCUAAAUGGCUGACCCAGAGCUAGGAAGUUAGCCCUCACUAGUAAUCUAAUGAUCUGUUCUGGAGUUGUCAACAGACCCAUAUUUAUCAGUCCUAUCGGGAAGACUUUUCAUAGGCAUAUAUGUAGAAGGUAUUAAAUAUUAAGCAUUACUGAAUAUUAAGUAGUAAUUGUUAACAUUUGUAAAAUCUAUCUAUAGAAGGCAAUUUGUUUUUGUAAUCAAGGUGACUAAGAAAGCAAUUUCAGUUCUGUAAAUAAAGCCAUGUAUCAUGAAA